AUGAGAUUUUCACAAAGACUACUUAAACACACAAUAAAGUUUGUUGGUGGACCACAUCCAAUACCAAAACCUCAUGCAGCAAAAGCACAUCCAUUAGCUCCAGAAGGUAUAGUGCCUGGUUCAGUAGGCUCAUCAUCAAGUAGCUCAACUACUCAAUCAAGAAGUUUUCACAAUAGUAAUCCGGUAGAUCCACAACAUGGAGAAUUUUUUAGUAGAAGUGAAUUACCUAAAAGAUUUCAAUAUAAACCUAUAAAGGAUUUUGAAAUUGAUAAUGUUAUAAGUGGAGGAGCUGAUAUUAUUUAUUGA